GCCGUUGGGUCAUCUCACCCUAUUCCCCGAAAAGGCCUAACGCCUAAACACUGGUCCUUCGUCGCCUUGAAAGAGCCAGCACCGUUGGAAUUCAGAACCCAAAUAAAAAGUAUCCCUAAAAAACCAUGGAGAUGGACAAGCCUCAGCCGGCACCACGCACUUUUGCUUCGUCGCAGGGGAAGACCGACACACCUAAGCCAGCGCCACGCCCCUCCACUUCGUCGCAGGGGAAGGUUGAUACGCCUCAACCGGUGCCACACCGUGCCUUGUCGCCGAGGGUAGUACUGCCGAUGGAUGGGGUUCCAAUCCCGGCACCUACUCAACCUAUAACUGGCGAACCAUCAGCAACAGACUUUCAGAGAUGUCGUCUUUGUGCGCGCUAUCAUGCGCUCAGAGUAUGCCCAGUUUUUCGGGCCAUGCACCCACAACAGAGGUUCCUCAUCGCGCGAGCUCAGCAGUUCUGCACAAACUGUCUCGCACUCUCCCACGCUACAAGCGCGUGCACAUCAAACGGAAAUUGUAGAACAUGUGGCCAAUAUCUUCACACGCUCUUACAUAGAAAUGACUCCAGCACCUCUGGUCGCCGGUUACAGCCGCCUGCACGCUAUCCCCCAAGACUUGCUCGGAACAUUGGCUCCGCAUUUACUGGGCGUCGCCAGCACAAAGCCGUGCCGCAGAACAAGCACCCAAUCAAACGCACUACACCAAGAAUUCGAAACAUAACGCCGAAAGGAAGAGUCACCAAACGGCUGGUGCAUGAAGCGAUGCGAACCCUGAAGGAGCUGAAAGACGCUCUAGCCGCUUAGCGCGCCUAGGGGGGCAGGAUGGCUAAGCGAGGACUGCUUAACCAGUCAGACACCCAAAAUUCUGUAAAUUCUAUAAAGUUAGCAUUCCAUUGAACUGUAUUUGAAUUCCUGAUCAUGUACAUAUUUGCACUACUAUUUGAAAUCUACUCAUUAGUUGUACUUAGUUAUUUGUAUGUGUAUUAAAAUUACAUGCUUAUUGUACACACGCAUUCAUACAUCAUUAUAUCCAUUUAUUUGUAUAACGUACUUAGCUUAAAAUCGCUAUUUGAAUUAUUGAAUUAUUGCACUUAAUAUUUUUGAAGUCUAAAACUCCCCUAAUGUUUAAACCACUUUAAGUAGCGAUAUAAGUAGUUGGUAACACUGAUGCCGAUAAGGCAGGCCCCCUUUGACAGCGCACGAAAGGGAAUAAGAAGGAAUGACAUUUGGUUGUCAGAAUCAGAAUUUUUUCCACACUCGUGCCGCCCAGCCGCAAUUCGUGAAUUUUUAUAAAAACCCCAAUUUGUAUCCCGCGCAAUCGGUAGUUUUCCUAGUUGCAUAAACUCGUAAAAGUUUUGGAAUAAAUUGUAAUUUUAGAGCGAA